AUGACGGUUCCGCAUCCCCGAAGGAAGGGAGGCCACGAUCCGGUACACCGUGACCCCGUCCGUUCAGCUACAGCCGACAGCCUACAAGGCAUUCCGCAUAUCCCGCCACGCGCCUUCACUCAAUCUCUCUCGGGCAUAUCCCGACGAUUGAUUCACCCUACAGCCAGGGCUGCUUCCAGCUAUACGCCCCGAGGCAUGAGGCACGAGGCCACCGAGAAGAGGCAGCCGGACGUACCGCCCGUUUCUUCAUCGCCGCAUAGGCAUCCAAGAUCCCGCCCCGUCCGAGUUACGCCUCGCCCGAACCGCGGCGCGGACGUUUCCCCGCGCAGCACUGAACGGGACGUCCCUGUCUGGGCCAAUUUGGAGGGACUCGUCAGCCCCAAGUGCAAAGCCACGCCUACUCACGUGCCUCUUCCACCCCACCCCGAAAGUUGGGGCUUAGCUCACGUUCUGCCCGUCUCCAAAAACCUCGGCCGGACGGCGACGCCGUGGCCCCGCAAAGCCACCACAGCCUGA